CUCUCAUUUUAUACAGCCGGCGGCACCGGCACUUAAAACUCCAUUGUUACGUGUGCAUCCACCGCUGCUUCGUGCUUGCCCUUGUAACCGCAGCAAUAUGCGGUCUUACGUUAACCUCCUGCUGGCGCUGUGCGCCAUCGCCAUGAGCGCCACUUUCACAGCUGCUGCAGGUGAUACACAUGUGCAACUUCAGGAGUCGGGUGUUGCCACUAUUACAACGACCACAACAGUUGUGAUGCAUAAGCCCCACGAGCCAUCGGCGGCGAACAAGUUUGCGGCGGUUGACGGCCAUAACGGCUCCCAACCGCUUGGGGGCAUGUUCGACUGCGCAAAGCUCGCUUUCAAAUGCGGGAAGGCCGCUUAUCAGGCAUACAAGACGCACGACAAAAGCGCAUUACUUCAAUGCGCUUCCGUUUCUUCUCUUUGUGACUGCGUUAGUGCUUUUUACAAGUACUCCCCUUCAGUAGCAGACUUCAUGAAGAAGUACAUCUGCCCGGGGCCCAGCAUGUUGCAGUCAGCACCAGCAGCAGGCGGCUGUCCUGCUGGCUACGACCGGAUCCCAGCCGAUGGACAGUGGUGCUACUCUCGUCACUGCCCCCCCACCUAUAGCCUUAUUGAGUCUACGAGCGAGGACGAGCAGAAACGGUGCUAUCGUGACUGCGAUCUGGGCUGGGAAGACCGUGGCACGACGUGCUACGUGAGCGCACAUAUGUACAAGAAGGACUGCUGUUGCUUGCAUGGCUGCUGCGGCUGCAACAACACCUACACGGAUUCUGGGUGCGAGUGCUGGAGGGCCAAGGAUGAGAAGCAGAAGGAAUUUGUAAUUCGCCCCAGUGUCUUGGCGGACAUUUAGGCCGAUCGAUGGAUGGACUGGAUGGGAUGACCCGUGGCAAGCAAGCAUAAGUGACUUGGCUGUGUCUCAUUCAGUUUCUCGAUCGAAUAGGCAUGUCGUUAGUCUUGCCGCCGGCGGCGCUGUUAUGCGUGCGUUAGUUCCAGCCGUUGCUACUUACUUUGCUGCGGUUGGUGUUUGUUGCGCACCCGGCGCACUUUAGCGGUGUUCACUGGUGAAGCUAAACCCGGUUGCCCCGGCCAUCAUUGUACGGCGUUGGCUUGGUACGUAGGGCCCGCGUUCUCAGUUGUCGAGGGCUGUGAUCCUACUUGUUCCGUUGGUAAUCUAGGCUGCUUCAGACCUGCUGGCAUCGUCAGCCAUCGGUGUAAAUAAACUGGUGUAACCAAGCAAAUAAGCUUGGCAUCCGUCUGGACAGCAGUUGAUUAUUUAACCCUCAUGUAGCAACGUU